ACGCAGCCAUCGUGAUAGUUAGAAUUUGUCAUUAUCAGAUUUGCGAAUUGGAAAGAUGACGAUGCUGCGCGGCUUCGUGCGCAGUUAUCGGCGCUUUGUGGCCACGUUCGUAGCGCCCGAUACGUGUCCGAUCUGUCUGGAUGUCGUACCUAUACUGGCGCUGCGUGACGUGGAGAGCGAAGUUGUCGAGGCUCAUGCAAAGCUGCGCUGUCGCCACCGCUUUUGCGCCGGUAAGUGAACUAUCUGUCACUCUAUAACGAGGUCUGUUGGGCUGAUAACUGUGUAUGUGCUUCAUGCAGAGUGCAUUCGGCGGUAUAUUCAGAUGAAGAUCAAGGAGCGGCAAGUGGACGAAGGUACGGGCAAUAGCAAGCUACAAUGGGAGACACGUACAUUGCUGACCGAGAGUUUGAUGCUGCAGAUGAAUUGGUAUGUCCGUUAAUGGAGUGCAAGCAGAGCAUCAAGGAAGAGGACAUGGAACGCAUUGUCGGCAAGGACGAGACUGCGCAGUAUCGAGCAGCAUUGAAGCGCAAACGAGAUGAAAAGAAUCCGAGUGCGAGAUGGUGUCCCAGAGCAGGCUGCGACGAGUUGAUUAUCUGUGAGAGCACAGACAACUUUACCUGCCCGAAAUGCGACACAGUAGGCUGCUUCCGCUGUCGUGGAUACGCUCAUCGGUUUUGGUUCUGUCGAGGCGAAAUGGACAAGUCGUAUCUGGCGUGGGAAGCGUCAGUGGGCAAGCAGAAGGCUGUGCGAGCAUGUCCACAUUGUCAGAUGCGCAUUUGGAAGAACGAAGGCUGCAAUCACAUGACGUGUAGCCAUUGUCGCUACGAAUACUGCUGGGUGUGUGAGAGCAGGUGGGAUGCUAGUCAUUACGCAUGCUACGACUUACCGUUCAUUGGAGCUUCGUCUGCUUGGGGUCGUUGGUUGCAACGCACGUUGGGCUAUGUAGCCAUUGUGCUAAUCGUGGCUGUAAUCUCGGUAUUUGGGUUCUACGCCUUCGUGGGCAGCUAUGUCGUCUUCUGUGGCCUCAUACAUAGUACUCGCCUCAUUCACCGUAUUCAGAGAAAUUGACUUGGUAUACCGGAAUAUGUAAGUUUUUGCUUAGUGACGAUGUAAAAUCGAAAAAAAAAAGACCGCUUACACAAAAUUCAAAUGAACACAAGACACAUUCGACCC